UGGCUCGUUGAGAGCUGCGUGUAAGAUGGCGUUCGUUUCGUGGAUUUCGUUCUUAGUCGCGUUUGUGAUAAGCGCUGGCCAUUUGGCCGAUGGUUGGAAUCUUCCCAACACCCACUUUCAGCAAGGUGGUGGAUUCGAUAGUGCCACGGGUGGAUUUCGCGGUGAAGAUCAGCAGCAGCGGCAGGUUCUAGCGUAUCCAUGGCACGGCGGCAGUUCACCAGGUGGAAGCCAAUCAGCUGGAGGAGUGGCGGGCAGUUCGGGCUUUGCGGAGGGUAGAUCCGUAGGAUCGGGAGGGGUCGGAUCGUUGCCAUCGAGUCUGGCAGCAAGUCACAAUGGUUUUCAACAUCAAUCUGGAUUCAAUGGUGGUGCAGGACUAAAUCAUGCUUACGAUGGCGGUGGCGUGAAUCAAGGUGCAAAUAGUCAAGGGUUUGGCGCUGGAAACGUUCAAUCAAAUACGCAGCCCGGGAACGGAGCACCUUCCGCAGGUCAUGGUGCUUGGGGAGGCUACCACAACCACAACGGUGCUUGGGGAGGCUACGGUGGCGCGGUUCGUCCUGGCUACUUCGGAAGUCCUUUUGUCGCGGCCCCGCAUCAUUGGAAAUACGGCCACACGUCGGGCCUGGGCGGACACGGCGGACACGGCUACCCUUGGUCUGGUCCGGGAUACGUUUAUCGAGUGCCGGUGGCACACGUCAACCCGGACGGCAGUUACUCCUUCCCGUACAAUACGCCGCACGCAUCCCGAGAUGAGACUGGCGGCAACAGUGGAGCCGUGGCCGGAACGCACAGCCUUCCAAGUGGCGGAGUGAAACACAACGGACCGGACGUGGAUCUGCGGACCAACGUUGGCCAAAGUGAGGGAAGCGGCGUGGCUGGGAACCUUAACCCGGCUGACUAUGGCCCUCAGUCGAUAUACUCUCGCGGGAGACUCCCGUUUGUUCCGAACGCCAGUUUUGGCGCAGGUGAAUCGCAAGGCCCCAGUGACGGCGCAGGCACUGCUUCCGGUUCGCCCGAUCGCGGCCUCAGUUGGGCCAACAGAAACGGUGCAGAUGGUGCGGCCAUGUCGAGCCUGGCGGAUUCCGAUCAAAGCGCUCUCUCGGUUGUGGGUCUUCCGACAACACUGCCCACGGAUACCACGGACUCCUUGGAAGGCUCUCGGGAUCAGCUAGUGAGCAGAUCCACCGAGCCAUCCAACGAUGUAAACCAACCGGUGAACAGGGUCAACGAUGGCACCGUAGGCUUUGCAGGCUCCGCGCUGCAAGUGAAUUCUUUGAACCGUCCCGGCUGGGAUUCGUACAAUAAUGUGGCCGGCAGUGAUGGUGCCUUUGGCGCAAACGGCGGCCUUUCUACCAAUCAAGCGAGUGCGCCGUCUUUCACAACCCCACGCAGUUCCGAGGCCUCGUUGGAUCCCGUGGUCACACGGCCGGUUAGUGAUCCUUCGUACAAUUUCGGACCUCAGGAUCCACGUGGAUCGGGUUCGCCUUCCUUCAACGACGGAGCUGGUUGGGGUGGAGUUCAAUCGGGAGGUGGCAUUGGGCCGCUUCAACAAGGAGCUGUAAACGCUGCCGACGGUCUGCAAGGUCGUAACAACGAAGGGAACACUCAGCGCAACGGAGGGGACAAUGCAUACUUCCAGCCAUCCUUCGGAGCCGGAAAUUUCAGACCGGCCGGUGGUAGUGCACUGAACCCCGGAGGUGGUACUUUCGGGCUUGGGGCGAAUAAUCUGGGACCGGCGGGAAAUGACAGGGCGUACCGGUUUGGCUACCGUACACCGGACUCGGUCCGCGAGGAGUCUGCCGAUGCCGGGGGCAAUGUGCGGGGUUCGUAUGCGUACAACAACGCCGCCGGUCGUCACGAUCUGCAGUAUGUCGCUGGAAGUGGAACCGGGUUUCGUGCAACCGGUGGAAGUCUCUCGGUACCGAACGGACUGUCGGGCACCGGUGGCAACCAGCAGUUCGCAUCGGGCGAAGGACGUAAGUUUGGGUUCAACGGUCAGGGUGGAUUCACCGCAAAUCGUCAGCCGUCAGCUUUCGCAGGGCAAGCUGGUGGUCAAGGGGGAAACUUUGGAGCAACUCAUCAAACUGUGACCAGAAGUCCGCAAACGGUUCCCUCUAGUGUUUACCCGCAGUCAGGAAGUGACCAACGCGUGGCUGCCAAUUCCGAUGACAACUCCUUCAGUGGUUCCGGUGACGGCCAAUCAAUCGAAGGAAGUGGACUGGACACCACCGUCGGUUCCGGUGACUAUGUGGGCCAAUCAACGGGAAGGGCUUUCCCGGCCGAAGCAAAUGGAAGCCGAACCGGGGAACGAUAUUUUUAAGGAAUCCCAAAUGACAAUAAAUGACGUUCUUUUUAUUGUAUCGCGUGCAACGCGAGGUG